AUGAGUCAAUGGGUCGAUAUUUAGCUUCUUCGAGUAACACCAGUUUGAGUCAAAGUCACGCACUGGAAAGACAUCAAGAAAUUUUAUCCGAUUACAUACAGGAAUUCCGAAAAAGUAAAGCUACCGUGAGAAACUGGUUGGAGAAGAUGGAUUUGUUAGAAAACAGUCAUCGGAAUAGUGUUUCACAAAGUCCUCAUUUGUCUUCACAGGAAGAGUUUUUGUUGAAAGAGCGAAACUCUGUUUCCAACUCAGAACGUGGUGCUGAUUUGGCCAUCAAUCAAGGCUUGGCUGUGAGAGAGGAUUUAGCAAGACAACGGCAAAUAUUUGCAAGUAUGGUUUCUAGAAUGGAACACGUGAGUGAAAGGCUACCGAGACUAAAUAGAUUGAUUGGUCAAAUUCGAAGAAGAAAACGAAGAGAUUUGAUUGUAUUGUGUUCAGUUGUUGCUUUAUUCAUGUUAUUCACAUUGCUUUGGAGAGUGUUUUAAGUUUUUCUUGAGAAACCAUAACAUGCGAUAUAUACUCAUGUGACACUUUGCACACUAA